UCAGGUUAGGUUGUGGCUGAGGCGGCGGCCUGGGUCGGGGGGGGGGUUCGUGUUUGAGGAGAGGCCGCGGUGGAAUCGGGGACGAUGUCGGCGUCGGGAGCGUUGUUCCCCAGCCUGGUGGCCGGGAGCCGCGGUUCCUCCAGUAAGUACCUGGUGGAGUUCCGCGCCGGCAAGAUGUCGCUGAAGGGGUCGACGGUGACGCCGGACAAGCGCAAGGGCCAAGUGUACAUCCAGCAGACGGACGACUCGCUCAUCCACUUCUGCUGGAAGGACCGCGCCGCCGGCACCGUGGAGGAUGACCUGAUCAUUUUUCCAGAUGACUGUGAGUUUAAGCGAGUGGCCCAAUGUACUACUGGUCGAGUGUAUGUGCUGAAGUUUAAGGCAGGAUCCAAACGGCUUUUCUUUUGGAUGCAGGAGCCUAAACCUGAUAAAGAUGAAGAGUUCUGUCGCAAAGUGAAUGAAUAUCUGAACAACCCUCCAAUGCCUGGUGCUUUGGGUGGUGGUGGCAGCAGUGGGGGUCACGAGCUAGCUGCACUUGGAGGAGAAAGUGGUCUGCAAAGUCUUUUGGGUAACAUGAGUCAUAACCAGCUGAUGCAGCUAAUGGGAGCAACCGGUUUAGGUGGACUUGGUAGCCUUGGUGCUUUGGCAGGUCCUGCUGGUCUUGCUGGCUUACUUGGCAGUGGAGGUCCCUCAACUGGUAAUAGUUCUUCAGGGUCACGAAGUCAGUCUGCAGCCAUUACUCCGUCCUCCACGACGUCUGCAGUUCGUAUGACUUCAGUGCCUUCUGUUGCUGCAGCAAUGGCACCAGUACCAUCCCCAAGUGUAGCAUCAACGGGCGUGCCAGCAGCAGCAGCAGCAGCAGCAGCGCUAACUACACCAGCAGCACCAAACACAGGUUCUACAGUUGGUUCCGGCUCUGCAUCUGGUUCUGCGUCUGUGACAGCAUCGGGCUCUGUAACAAGCCCGACUCAGCCCAUUCAACUGCGUGACCUGCAGAGUAUCUUGGCUAGCAUGACUGUUCCUGCUGCAGCAGAAGGGGCAGGACAACAGGCAGUGGAUUUAGCCAGUGUAUUGACACCAGAGGUUAUGGCUCCUAUCCUGGCAAAUGCAGAGGUUCAAGAACGAUUGUUACCAUACCUUCCGACAGGGGAAUCACUGCCACAGCCUGCAGAAGAAAUUCAGAAUACAAUAACCUCUCCUCAGUUUCAACAGGCCAUGAGUAUGUUCAGUGCUGCAUUGGCUUCAGGACAGUUGGGCCCUUUGAUGAGUCAGUUUGGUUUACCGGCAGAGGCUGUGGAAGCAGCUGGAAAGGGGGAUGUGGAAGGAUUUGCCAAAGCCAUGCAACACAAUUCUACAUCUUCAAAGACACAGCCUGAUGAAAAGGAGGGAGACAGUGAUUCAAAGGACAAAAAAGAUGAAGAGGAGGAUAUGAGUUUAGACUGAAAACUAUUCAGUACUUUUUUUCUUUAAACCCUUUAUAAAGAUGUUAAUGUAAUGAUUAAUGCAUUUAGUCUAAAGAAUAGUAAAUUGUGGUUGUCUUCUAUUAAUCCUGAAACUCACUCACCACUAUUAAAGGUUCUUUAUAGGGCAAGAGAAUUUUGUUAAUGUCAGUUAUUUAAAUUUUUUAAUAAAUUUUAUUUGUACAAAGUGGCCUCUAAGUUACAGGAUGCUGCUAUUAGCAUUACCCUCUGUAAUUGGCAGGGACUGCAGGAUUCCUGUAUUUGCAAAUGUGGUAAUCCUGAAGUUUGUCAGUGAUUUGCUGCUGAGCAGCAGGUUGUGGUUGGGUAGUAGACUUCAGCAAGAAAGUGAAAAGUUUAAGUAAUUCCUCAGAAGUAUGGUGAGGAAUUUGUCUGAAGAUCCUGCAUAAGGAGUGGAAGAAUGGCUGCAAAGGACUUUGUAAGUAUGUUGAUUUGUUUUUUAAAUGCUUUGAGUAUUUUAAGUGUCUAAGGAGUUUUGAAUGGUUUUUGAAUGCCUGAAAGGAACACUGUCCUUUGACACUAUAAAUCUGGAUGUUGUGACUUGUGCUAGUUCAGAUUUUCUUUUGAAGAAAUCAUCCUUGGGGGCCCUUGCCCUGGAGAACUGCUUCAAGUAAGAGUGCAUUUUUAAAAUCAGUUCUUUUGCGCAUGUGCUGCUGAUGUCUAAAUUAUUCCAGAGUUUCAGAAUUCUGUGCAACAGUGUGGUUUAAUACACCUGACUGUUAGAACAGAACAAUUCAGAAUGCCCAUUGGUAAAUGUUCUACAAGUUAUGUAUUCUUUAUACAGUGUCCUUUAGUUACUUUUAAUUGGGUAUUCGUUUGUUACUGAUUCUCCAGCCAGAGUAAGUGCUCCAAUUUUUUUUGUAUGCUUAGCUCCAGUGCAAAUAGUCUGUUUCUCUUCUUGCCCCAUUAGUGCACUACUGCUUGUUAAAAGGCUACUGAAAACUGCAAGGAUUUUAAUUAUGGCCUGAACAAUUCUAUAUAUAGGUUACUUGUAAAGAAUACUGGAAUAAUACUGUUUGGUAAGCUUCAUUCUUGGAAAAGUGAUUACCUAUCAGAAGCACUUCAUUGGCUGUUUGAGGAUGAUCUAAGCUUAUAAUAAUCAUUUUGUUUAAAAAAAGAUAAAUUAAUAGAUGGCAAAUGUUAAAGGUGUAUGAAGAUAUAAAUUGCAGAUGAUGCUGCAAGACAAAUGCUGCAUUUGAAUUUUAACUCUCCAACAUAACUGAAUACUUUAAAUUAGUUCCAUUUCUCCAACCUACUGUCAUGAUUUUGGUUGUCCUUCUCCCUCCACCAAAGACUCUGCAGUUAAUUAUAGCAGCAGUAUUGCAGUCCUUUUUCUUUGCAUGAAAUUAAUCUGCAGAGCAAACAGUGAUUCAAAAUGGACAAGCCACACAGUAUAGGAAGUUUUAUUUUGACUUGAUUAUGUGCCAGUGUUCUGCACAUAGUGCUACAAAUGUAAAACAGGAUCUUAAAAUGUAAAACCAGUGUUGCAGCAUAAGUUUUACCCCUUUAAUAUUUUCCUCCCAAAAUACCAAAUAAAAAGGCUAUUAAAAUAGCUUAUAAAAAUUUGCAGCAAAAUACAGUACAAAUUUUAAGUGCAUAAGUGGAUUGAAAAUCAUAACAGAUUUGGUAAAGUGUUUUAUUCUUUCCAUUCUGAUUACAAUAAAGGGCAGCCGCUGGUAAUAACA